GAGAUAUCAGGCUGUUGUGUCGAUCCAAUUGAUUAUUACAUUACUUGUUUUAUAAAUGCAGACACAUUAAUCAAAAAGAUUAUUAAAUUGAGGGAUGGGGUCAGUUGUUUAAAACUGGAAUAAACUGCAAAAGAAAAAUAAUUAAAUAUAUUGUCAAAACAAAAAAUUGGAAGAACUGUCAGGGCAAAGAUAUAUUGUCAAGACUGUAAAGACAAAAUGAUGGAAUAAACUCUCAAAAAAAGAAUUGAAUAAACUGUCAAGACAAAGAAGAAGAAUAGAGAGUUGAGGUAAAAAUGGAAGAAAAUAAAAAUCAGGACAACAAGAAUGGCUUCAAAAUGAGCAGAAUAGAACCGAGAGUUUCUAUUUGUAUCUGUAUAUCCUUACUAUUCCUAUGUGGAUUUAUUUUCAUGACAUAUCAAAAUCAAACCUUCCAAAAUUCAUUUGAAAAUUUAAAUGAAAAUGGACAGUAUUUUGAUCUGAAGCCUUUAAUGAAACCAAUGAAUAAAGAACAAUCUAAAACACUGAUAGGUCUCAGUGUAAAACAAAAAAAGCCUGUAGUGAAUCAGGAAAAGUCCAACAAGCCUCAAAAGCAUCAAAACAUCGCAACAAAUGAAUAUUUAACAAAACGACCUAAAUAUAUGGAGGGAGAUGUACCUGUUGGGAAAGUGGAGAAGCUACCAGGGGUUAUCCUUAUUGGCAUUCAGAAGUGUGGAACAGCAGCCCUUAAAUCUUACUUAAGAAUUCAUCCAAGCAUGAUAAGUGGCAAAAAACAUGAGACUCAUUUCUUUGACAGACAAAUCAAUCACAAUCAGCCAUUUGAAGAAGAAAUGAAAAUAUAUAUGGAAGAGUUUCCCAAAGUGUUACCAAAUAAAACUGUCUUUGAGAAAACCCCUGCAUACUUUGACUUAGCGGACCCCUAUGACCUCUACAGAAUGAACUCUACAUUGAAGCUGAUCUUACUGGUUUGUGACCCUGUAAGGAGAGUGAUAUCAGCUUAUAUGCACAAUAAAGCACAUGGAAGGUAUGCAAAAGAUAAAUCAUAUGAAGAUUACAUAUUUGACAAAGAUGGACGAGUUAAUACAACAGCGCAGGUUAUCAUCAGAAGUAGGUAUGACAAAUCACUAGAAAGAUACUUAAAAUAUUUCCCUAUAAAUCAAUUUUUAAUAAUUGAUAACAAAUUCUUACUGAAUCAGCCUACUUUAGCCAUGCAAGACAUUGAGAAGUUCCUAGGUUUAAAUAAAUUUUAUACCAAAGAGACAUUUUAUUUCAAUGAGACUAUUGGCUUCCAUUGUAUUAACCCUUCCAUUCAGCCAGUUAAUGGGGGAUGUAUGAAGGGUAAUAAACACAGAGUUCAUCCUAAUGUUAGUGAAGAAAAUGUAUUAAAACUCCAACAGUUCUUUCAACCAAUCAAUGACAAGUUUAUGAAACUCGCAGGUACAAGUAUGCCAUCAUUAAAGUAUUUCAAAUAAAGCACAAAAAUCUAUCAGGUGUAAAAUGGAGUAUGGAAAAAAUUAGAUUCAAAGAUUGUUCAUCAGCUCUGGCAUUCAAUAUAGGGCCUAAUGAUAAAAUCUGGCCCAAUAAAUGGAGUUUUGAUGAUUUUUCCUCAUAAAACAUGUUGUAGUGUCAUAGUAUCACUCCAUUAUGUUGGAUCUACAAGAGGUAUGAGGCCACAUACAUAAUGAACAUCAGUUUGGAAUCUAAACACUGAACCAACCUGACAUGGCCCAUUUCUAGGCCAUUUAGAAUAUGAAGUCAAAGGACACUUAGAAUAAUCACUUCAAGUAUGAUGUCAAAGGACACUUCCAUUGCCUCUCAAAAGCGAUGUCAAAGAACACUUGGAAUCCCUCUGAAAUAUGGUGUUGAAGUUGAAAUACCACACUUGAAAGUGUGCAAGUGCUUUCAAAAGAUCGCUGUUGAACCUCGAAGGCCAUGUUUAGACUGAAGAUUGAAAGUUUAACCUUAAAAUGAGGUACAUACUGUAUACAUAAUUUCAAGCAUGCUGAUUGAACAUUUUAGACCUAUAACCAAUAUGGGCCAAAAUGUGAUUUUUUGACAGGAAAAGUGAUGGCAAUCAUUUGCCAAAACUUUUAGACAUUAUUGGUUACCUGCAACCAAUUGAUGCAAUACUUAAAGAUUCAUAAAGCAAAAAGUGGAUAUUUCGAAAAUAAAGUGUUGGCCACAUUAAAUCUUCGCUAUCUAUUUUGUUGAAACUUGUAGGCAUUAUUGUUAACCUAUCAAAUAUAUGCCUGUACUAUUUUAAGAGAAUUAGAAUUCUCAUGGACUAAUGACCAAAAAGCUGAAUUUUCGGGAUAUUUCAAAAAUAAAUGAUGGCCAUGUUGAAUCUUUGCAACAUAUUUUGCCAAAAAUUGUAGGCAGAAAUCAGCGUACUAACUGUGGUAAAAAAUGGUUUGACAAG